UAAUCUUCCAAAAAGAUCACAUCAGGAUUAUUUAAAAAAGAUACAAAGAUGGAAAUCGGCUAAGAAUAAUAGGGACAAAAGAAAUAUAGAAACUACUACUGGACAUUUACCAAAAAAAAUAAUGCAAGGGUGGAACUUAUUUGUGGCCGCAGUGAAAUUAUGUCAAAGAAGAAUAAUUUCGUCAGAUGAUGUUAAUGAAAUUCGAAGAUUAACACUUGCAUUCAAAGACAUAUUAUCAGCAAGAUCAAAUGCGAUUGCCAGCGAUGAAAAUAUGCUUCCAUUACCUUUUGCAUCUGGCUGA